GUCGUGGCCGUGUGGAAAUCACCGAGCCUUCACACGGGAAGCUGGGAAAGCCACACGGCCGUGUGGCCUGGCCGCGUGAUCGGGAAUUUCUGUUUAAAACUCGAUUUUCAGUCAAAGGAAAGGGGAGAGCUGGGUUUGUGGUUCCCAAACACCCAAGGGACGAACCCUAGAGAGAGAGAGCGACUUGGGAACAUUCUUGGAGCUAUUUUGGAGGAUUUCUUCUCCAUUGGAGCUCGGGAAUCAAGCUUGGAGAUGGAGAUUGAAGAUCUAGAUCAGAUUUCUACAGUCUCUCUCUUCUCUAUGGAGUAACUUCCCUUCACUUAGGUUUUGAGGAACCCUAGUUCCAUGUGUUAGGAUCUUUCUUGUAUGAAGUUUUGGAUGCUAUAUUGUUUUAUUAUAAUCGAUUGAGGCAUGAUUUAUUGAGUCAAUUGAAUCUUGAUCAAAUUCUCUUGAUUUCUGCUUUAACCUAUGAUAGAUAGAAUCUGAUUAGGUUAAGAGAGCUUCCUUGAUUGAUAGUUGUGAAUUGGUUGUGCGAGAGUCAACCAAUUCACUGCUUUGUACUGGAAUCCAAUUCCAGUAGUUGACUUCUGUGUUCAUAGCCUCAGCUUUCUAUCCCGGUGAAGUUAGUCGCCUGUCGGGUAGUUGGACUGAGAGGGCUUGGUCAGCUGAAGAGAUUCCAAGCUACUGUCGGAUCUUCCGCAGUUUAAUCAACAGUAGAUCAACCUAAGGUAAUUGCAACUUGGACCUAAUUGAGGAGCUAAGGGGAAUCAUACCUAAGUGAGUUCCCAACUUGUAAUUAGUAGAGUAGUCAGUAGAGUAGUUUAUAAAUCAAUCCUUAAUCUAGUUUGCUAGAUAAUGAACUGAAGUUGAGUAAUAGUAACUCUAGAGACCCGUGGAUUCGAUAUUUAUUACUUGUGCCACUAUACUGCAGUCCCUUUCAUUGGUUACACUUGGCCAUUGUUAGGUGUUGUGUUUUAGCGUGUCAAGUUUUUGGCGCCGUUGCCGGGGACUUUCUAGAUUAUUUGGAAAGGUGGAAGUUUGUUACUUUAGCAUUUUUCUUUUGUUUUCCGCCCUUGCUUUUCACUUGGGUGUUUUUUGUUUUUGUUGGUGCAGAUCUGAAUCAUUGACCCUCAUGGCUUCUCCAACCAUUGGGGGUAUCCACCACCAUCCCAGUGGUAUUACCUCGAGACUCCCUGGAGUAACCAAGGAGGAGAAGACUAUGGAGUCGGGUUUCAGUACCAACCCCCCUACUACGAAGAACAAUCAGACCCCUGGGUAUUUCAAGAACAAUCUCCUUAUCAAGAAGAAUUCCUCCCACAACAAGAAGGACCAUCAGAUCUUGGGUUUGCCACAGCCUUCACGGGCCACUCUGCAGAGCCAUGCUACACUUCACUGGAAGAUCCAAACAAACAAUUAAGGCUUCUCGUGGAGCAGUUUGCUCGAGACACUGAGAGAUCAUGCUCCAAGAUGGAUCUUCAAAUCAAAGCCCUUGCCCCUUCCGAUCCCUUAUUUCUCCAUGAAAUGGAGGAGACUGUUCAGCGCUCAGCGAAGCAAACAGAGUGGGUGGAGCAAGUUUGCUCACAUCUUGGUCAAGAUCACCUUUCUGCUACCACACUAGAAGAGGUGGAGGAUGACAAAGGCUACAGGGAUGUUGAGGAGCAUACAAAAGUUAUCACAAAGCACUCCCAUGAUAAUCAUGAUCAGGAAAGUCCUCUGGUUGCAGAUCACACCUUUCCUUAUUUCUGCUCUAACAUGCUGGGCCUGAGAGAGGAGAUGCAAGAUGAUCUCAUUGAAGAAAUUACAUGGCGACUUGCUCUCCAAUCUGUGCUAGAAGAAGAAGAGCAAGAAAGGGUGCAGAAAGAAGUUGUGGAGGAUGACGCAAGUGAAGCAGGAGGAAUUCUUGAUCAUUUCCCAGGGGUGAUACCACAUGAAGAAGAAAGGGGGGUUGAAGAAGCAAUUGGCGUCCAGGCUGAGGACGGAGUUAAGGUGGAAGAGGCUUGCACCGGCCAUGAGUUACAUGUGAUAUCUCCACCAAACUUCGCGGAACUGCUUAGCAAGGACCCAUUUGCAGUGUCUCUUUGCCAGGCCAAGGCCACGUCGACAUCGGUCCCUCUUGGUGGACGCGAUGGUGGUCAAUCGAUGCUGUCAUAUCUAGUUUGGGGCAAUGAGACGAGAGAAGGGAAGAAGAGGUCUCGAGGGUGGAGACGUUAUCUACAUCAAGUGCACGAGCUUCCAUCACCUGUCAUACCGCAUGCUCGUGACUUGAGACUCCACCUCAUCGACGAGAACCUCAACUUCAAGGAGGUUCUAGCAUGGACUGAAACUUAGGAGCCAUUCUCCGGCUCACGACGUGAAAGAAGCGCUUGUUGGGAGGCAACCCAACCAGUCGGUUUGAAUUUCUUUCUCUAUUUCUCCUCGGUUGAGUCAGUUUUGUUAUUUGAUUUUAGAGUCAAUAACUCAACCUUUGUGAGAUUUUGUGUGGUGUUUGUGUUCUGAUUACUCUCUCUUCCUGGAAUGCACCGCCUGCCCCGUCCAAAUCAUUCACCCUUGAUUUGGUAACUUCGUUCUACCCUCCUUAUCUUUCCUCCAUUGAGGACAAUGUCGUGCUUAAGUGUGGGGGGAUGUUCGAUUAUGUAUGCGGGUGAAUGUUUGGUUGUUUGUGUGCUUGGAGCAUAGUCCACUGUACAAAUUUUAUUUUAAAUUUGAGGGCUCCAAGUACGUGUUUCUUUGCAAAUUGCCUCCUCCGUAUGCUUUGAAUUGACAGUCUCUAUAGUAAUGUGCAACCUAGGGAGGUAGUGUAGCACUAUGGAGGAUGUUGAAGUAUAAGAUUUUUCCUAUCUAGCUCUCUGUUGUGCCAGUUGAUUUUGUGAAUUAGUGGAGCUAAGACCGUUGAAUUCAUUGGUAAUGGUGACUCUAUUUGGAUUGUGUUAUGGACUCGUGUAUCGAACAGGGUGCUCAUAUGGAAAAUGGGAAGCAGUUGGUCCUCCAUGUCGAAAUCAUUGAAAUCUUAAACAUGGGGUAAGCCCAACGUGUGUGGCACCGUUCAUUGCACAAAAUCGGGUUUUGGAAGAGAUUUUAGUGAUCCUUAGUGGGGUACUCCUACAAGGUGAAGCUAAGUUGUCUCUAGUACAAGUAAAAUUUUCACCCGUUGAACGGUUUGCCUACUUGAGGAUGUGUUUUUAAGGGCACGGAUAGAGCUUCCGACCCCCCUUGAUUUCAUUGACCCUCCACACGAGUUGAGGAAAAGGAGUUAAAAGAAGUACUCUGGCGAGCGCUAGAUGUACAAAAAUUGCUCUUGCUCGACUAAUAAGGGUCGACCGUGCAAAAGACUGCAGUUGGAACCCCUGCUAGUGAAAGAAGGAAAAAAAGAACAAGAAAAAUGUGAAUGAAAGUGCAAAAAGGGGUUCCAACGGUGAAAUGAAGUGAAAGAGCACCCCGGUACAACGAGUCCUUUGUUGUGAAUGGUGUGAGUCCCUUUGUCCAUGAACUGACUGUCUUACUUCUACUUCUUCUCAUGUUCCUGGCUUGAGUCUAGUACUCGCAUUGAGAGAGAUAGGGGACGUCUUAGAAGACCAGUUGACCUCGUAAGCUGCUAUAUGAUCUAGGAAAUCCUCUACCGACGAUCGGGGUUGUUUGUUGCUAUAGAGGUCUGGAGAUCUGCAUUGGUUUGAGUUAGGUUUGCUUGGGGACAAGCAAACAGUUAAGUGUGGGGGGAUUUGAUGACUCGGUAUUUGCACAUGUUUUCCCCUUUGUUUCUUGAUUGUUUGAGCUUGAAUUAUUGCAUCUUUGUCCUAUUUUAUGCUAGGUUGUGUUACUUUGUCACAUUUCAGGUACUAGAACAUAAAGUGAAGCAUAGGCGUAAGUUUCUCCACCGAUAAUGAAGUCUAUUGAUCCUAUUCUCCACGAAUGAUAAGUCCAUUAAGCAUCGAUUUGGGCCAAUUUAUUUACGUAUGGCAUUUUCGUAAUUUCUUGGGCGACGGAGGGCCAUUUUCUUUGGAUAUUGAAGGCUACAAAUCACGGAUUCGGCAUGAGGCUAUUCUCCAACGAUGAUUGAGUCCAUUAAGCACCGAUUUGGGCGGAUUUAUUCUGGGUUAAUUUUUGGCAGAUUCCAAAGGGAUACCAUCACAGAUUUCAGGCGAUUUAUCCAAAAUGCCAUUUUCUUUCGAUUAUGGAGGCUACAGAUCACGGAAUCAGGCCAAGGCUAUUCUCCACCGAUAAUAAAGUCUAUUGAUCCUA